AGGAAUCAUGAAUGACACUUUAAUGAAACCUUCUCCAAAGUUGCGAUUGGAUUACCUUUCUAAGAGUAGAAUGCAAUAUGCGUUUAACUCCCUAUAUAAUAUGAUUUCUUAAACGUUGAUUUCCACUAAAAACAGUGAUUUUUCACUGCUCUGUAUCAAGAGAGGAAGAAGGUGAUGGAAAACAAUAAUACCACCGACCCCAGGGGGUUUGUUACCGUCAAGCUGGACACGGUGGACCGCCAAAACAUUCAGCAUGCUGGAGCUAAGAGGUUGGACCGGAACUUUUCGGGAGUUCAGCUUGUCUCAUCUUGGUGGCUGGCACUGUCUCGCAGUGCCCCGGAAGGGAUAGGCAUCGCAGGAGUCAAGUACGUCCUGGUGUCAACGGAGAGCAGAUUGAGGAGACUGGGAUGGUUAGUCAUCCUCAUGGUUGCUAUGACAAUAGUCUCUUAUGAGAUCGUAGACAGGGGUAUUUAUUUCUCAACUGGCCCUCUCUCGGUGAACAUCGCUGUGAAUCAGAGAGAAAAGGAGCUCACGUUUCCAAAGGUCGUCGUUUGCAACUAUAAUUUAUAUGUGAAAUCAAAAAUUCAGACCUUACCAGCAGUCGAUAAAGUUUUGAGGAAUUAUGAGUACCGGCACUACGAUCCCAAUAGGACCAUUGCGUUAACACCGGAGGAGGUGUCAGAAGUUAAAGCUAUGGAUAUGUCCCGAUUGUUAGAGCAAUUAGCGCACGAAAAAGAGCACAUGUUUCUCAGAGCGAAUUUUGCCGGGAAACCGAUCAGUCUGGACGACAUUAUACCGGUAUUUACCAAAGAGGGGCGGUGCUUCGAGAUCAACGACGGCCUCAAUGGUACGGAGCUCCUUAAAUCCGAAGGAAUAGGUAGAGCGUUUGGCAUGACUCUGGUUCUGAACACGGAACAAGAUGAAUAUUACUACAAUUCAUACCUGAACGACGCAACGGGAUUCAUUAUCCAGCUACUAGAUCAAGAUGAAGUGCCUCAAGUAUUAGAGCAGGGGUUUGAUGUUGGACCGGGCACACUUACCUCUGUUGCCAUUUUGGCUACUCAGCACAUCUAUGAAAAGCCACCUUACGGCGUCUGUGGAGAAAAGAAAGAGAAAUUUUAUGAGAAGUAUUCGCAGCCAAAGUGUGAUUUGGAGUGCAUGACGGAUUUUGUUGUUGGCGAGUGUGGAUGCAGAACAGCAUAUAUGCCCGGUAACGCAACAGUUUGUGACCCGAUUGCUAUCGCUACCUGUACGCAAUACAUUGUUGAACAUAGACAUGGCGAGUUGGACAACUGCACGUGCCCGAUCGAAUGCGAGAAAAAGACAUUUUCUGCGUCACUGUCAUCUGCCAAGUACCCUUCGAAUUUCCGUGCUAAUCUCUUUGAAGAAUACCUGAAUGAAAGCGUACUCAACUUUCCCUCUCUCAAACGUGCUGACAGUUCCUUCAUUAAGGAUAACUUUGUAGCAGUAGAUCUGUUUUUCUCUAGUUUGGGAACUAAUGUGAUAACUCAGCAGGCAUCCUAUACUAUCGUUUCUUUCAUGUGCGACGCAGGGGGUGCUAUGGGCUUAUGGAUUGGCGGCAGUCUUCUGACACUUUAUGAAAUAAUUGAUCUUUGUGGACACUCAUUCUUCUCUACGAGACAUCCGUAGCUCAACUCUUAGACGGAAUCAUGAACUGGGACUUCUGGCAUAACUAGAACACAAACAUCAAACACACGCAAGCCCAUACACUAAGAAUAAAGGUGCCAAUUUGCACCCUUAGGGGAGCAGACCCCUGCUACAUUACGAGCACCCCGAAGGGAGCGGAUGUGCACCCUUCUAUGUGUAGACGUCGAGCAAACCUGCGCCUUUCUUUUUUACCUAAUAUUUACUCUAAUAUUAUCCACGUAGAUAUUAUCUACGAUGUUGUACAAGUAUGUUUAUUUAUUUAUUUUGAUUAUUUCGUUUUAUUUAUACAGGGUGGCCCCGUCAGUAAUCGCAGUACUGUUUUCCAGGGGGCCCUGUACACAAAUGCAACAUAUACAUGUAUGAAGAAACAAACUACUUGAACAAUAUAAACAUCACGGAAACAUCAAUACAUAGUAACAUAUAAUAGAAGAAAAAAAAGAGUAAAGAAUAAGAGUGAAUAAUGAAACAAAGCCGUAGUAAGAAUGAUAAAUUUCAAUGAGCAAUUUUAAAUCGAUAACAAUAUACUCUGAUUAUUAUCAAUGAUCUGUUUAGAUUUGAACAAAUUAUUAUAUUGAGAAAUUUAUGUAAAUAUUCAUGAAAGAAAUAAGUAAAGAAGGCAAAUUUAUCUUUAACAUCGCUGCUUAAAAUAGAGAGAACAAAAAGUAUUCUUGGUCGGGGCAUUUCGAACUGAGUGGGGUAGGCUAUUCCACUGAAGAGCACCAUCAACUGAGAAGGCACGUUUUCCACAUUCUGUUUUAAUUCUUGGAAUAAUGACGCCCAAAUUGUUAGCAUUCCUUGUUGAGUAUCUAUGAGUAUGGGCGGACAGGGUGAACAUAUCAUAUAAAUAUGAUGGGGCACUAUUAUUCAUAACAUCAUCCAUUAAUUUACUUUUAUUGAACUCCCAUCUUUUUUCCAUGUCAAUCCAUCUUAGGGUAGUAAACAUUUCGGAUGUGGGAAUCAAAGUAUUUAUUUUCAGGAUAAUUCUUGCCAUCUGCUUGUGUUGCUUAAUCAAGAUAUCUUUUGUUCUUUUAUUACAAGUACUCCAUGAGACACUACAAUAGUCAUAGUAAGGAAGGAUAAGAGAAUUGGCAAGUAGUUUGACACUAUCAAUUGUGAGAUAUUUCCUGACUCUACGAAGUAGGGUGAACCUAGAUGCAAUUUUAUUUGAAGUGUAUUUCACAUGAUCCUGCCACGUCAUGUGCUGGUCUAGACAAACUCCCAGAUAUUUUACACUUUGAACUUGCGUGAUUGGUACAUUAGAAACUUUUGUUGCGAUUGAUGUGUAUUGCAAGUUCAGCAAUUUCUGCGGUGUUCCAAAAAUUAUGAAGCAUGUCUUGUCCGUAUUCAGGGUAAGUUGGUUUCUUUCCAACCACUUGUUCACACAAUCCAAAUCAUGAUUAAGACAUGUUUCGAUUUCCCUUGGAUUUGAAGAACUGUACAUAAGGGCAGUGUCAUCUGCAUACAUAAUCACUUUACCGUGCUCGAUGACUGAUGGAAGAUCGUUCAUGAAAAGAGUGAAAAGGAGGGGCCCCAAUAUGGAUCCAUGGGGGACUCCAGACUUUAACUUUAGCACGUUAGAUUUUUUACCUAGCAAGGAGGUACAUUGUGCCCGGUGUACAAGAUAUGAUUCGAACCAUGACAAUGCUUGUCCCGUAAUGCCAUACAGUUUUAACUUAUCUAGUAAUAAUCUAUGAUUAACAGAGUCGAAUGCCUUUCGUAUGUCAAGAAAGACUAUUCCAGUUAUUCUACCUUUAUCCAUGUUAGUCAACAAAUAAUUGCUCAAAAAUGCAAGUACGGUGUUGGUUGAAUAACCUUUCCUAAAUCCAGAUUGGUGGGGGUUAGGAGAUUAUUAUCUGACAGAUAGUCUCGAAGUUGCACGUUAACUGCCUUUUCUAAUAUUUUCAUAAUCGACGGUAUAACAGAUAUGGGACGAUAGUUGCUAACAUCGUCCCUAUCCCCACCCUUGUGAAUUGGGGUAACUCGUGCCUGCUUCCAAUCAGCUGGAAUUUGGCUGGUUUGCAGAGAAAGAUUAAACAGGUGAGUAAUAGGUGUACAAAUAACGGGUGUGGUCAACUUCAGGAGACGUGCACUAAGCCCUUCUAGGUCAGUUGCCUUAUUAAUCUGAAUAGAGUGCAAUUCUCUUCGUACAAAAUCCUCAGAAAUCAAAUCAAAUUCAAAGACAGGUCGAAUAGAGUUCUGAGAUAAUGACAAGAUCACAGGUUUAACAUAGGAAUGACUGGCAGCAAGCAGACUACCAAUAGAUGUAAAAUACUUAUUAACACAAUUUACAUCAAGGUUCAAAGUAUUGGGAACACUUUUGGUGGAAGUAGGGGCAAUUUGUUUAAGCAUCUUCCAAAGUUCUGAUAGGUUCCUUUUGUUUUGAACUAUUUGUUCAUGACAAAAAGACUUUUUCAAUGUAACUCUUUCAUAGCACAAUCGAGUGUACUCAGGCGUGACCCAUUUUGUCUUCAUACCCCUAACCCUCAAAGAAAUCUUGGGGCAAUGUUCAUCACAAAUACCAACAAACUUAGUCUUCCAGUUAUUCCAUUCAAUUUCAAUAUCAUUUCCUUCCAUAAUUUCCAUUCUAGCAUUUAAUAAUGCUUCACAAAAUAACGUUACGUUUAACCGUCUAUAAGCUCUUGUAUGUAUAAUCCUGGCUGGAGUUUUUGGUUUAACAUGUUUGCAAACAACAUACACUAGUCUAUGAUCACUCAGACCAUGAAUGACAACAUUUUUAUCAAGCAAAUUGUUUGGUCGAUUAGUUAGAAUUAAAUCUAACAACUUAGAACUACUCUCAGUAACUCGAGUAGGAUCGUCAUCUGAUUCGGGUUAUACUGAUUACACCAAGUUUUAACAUUUCUUGAUUCUCUGUUAUUAUACAUGUUAUAGUUAAAGUCGCCGAGAAUAUAACAUUCCAUGCCACCAGUCACAAUCUUGGAAAUUGAUGUGUCCAUCAAUUCGGAAUCACGAUCAUUUGUAGUACCAAGGUAAUAUGCACAUUCAAUCAAGGUAGAACAUCAUUUUCCAGAUUCGUUUGCAAGUGAACUAUAAUGUAUCCUGCCAUAUUCGGAGAACAAGCCCUUUUUGUAUUAUGUGAUUUUAACCAUUUACAUUCAAAUACUGGGAUGUUCAAGUCCAGACCGUCUUCCACCGAAAAACUCACUUCAGCUUCAAAGCGUCUCGUCUUUUCUUUUGAAUAGUUAAUUCAUGACUAAUUCUAAUUCUAAUUCUCUGUGUCAAAAAUCACAACAUCUGAUACAUAAAGAUCUACCUGUAUGUGAGAUCUGUUCAUAGAUGACACCGUCUUGGACUGACGAUGUAAAGAUGGGUCCAAUUUCUAUUUGUUCCUAUGCUGCAUAAGUUUAUCUAUUUUUGUAAGACAUCAUUUAAAUAUUAAGUAUAUAAAAUAUUAUUAUAAUCAUCAUCAUUUAUGUGAUUGUAAUUCUAAAAAGAUCCUGUGCAUCAUGAUAAACUAAGUUGUUGAUAUACAAUCAUUACUGGCCUCAUUUUGUUCACUCUAAACAUUUUUAUUUUCUCUCAUUGAUAUUAUACAAAGUGGUAUUUUAAUUUGUUCGUUGCGGAGGUUCCAAAUUCAGUUAUUAAGAAAUGUAGAGAGAGAAGGUGUUGACUCUCCUAAAGAAUAUGGAAUAAAUGCCCUUCUUCUGGUUCUCUGAUGACAGCUUUAUUUUUUCUCAAUGACAUUGUACAGUGGAAUUUCAUUAUAAAGAGCUCCGAUAUAACAAGGUGAUUUUCCUGGCCCUAGUAGCUCUUCAUAUUCUUCAAGUUGCUUUUAGUUACCCUGAUAAAACAAGAAUCCUUAAAUAGCAAGGUAACGAGUUUCCAUUGUACAAAAUGACAUUUGAUUGCUUGUCUGUUUGUCUGUUUUAGAUUUUGUUUUGAUCCUUCACAGACAAGCACCUCAUCUGUUCGGAGCCAGAAGGGCUUUAACUCUGUGUUAAAGUAUGUGAGUUCAAUAACACCUUUCUGGUUCCAAACAGAUGAUUUAUUGAGAAUCGAAAUUUGAUUCUGAAGAAAUGUUUACAGUCAGAAUGAAAUUAAUAGUAUAUGAAUUAAUGCCCGUCUUACUCUAAGCAGACAAUACUUGUCUCAAUAUUAAAGAAUGUACACAUUUAUUGUUCUAUGUGGAGGUUUCAGAUCCAAUUCUCAAUAAAUGUUGAGAGUCAGAAUAACAUUAUACUCCAGAUGAAAAAGACUAAAUAGUGUUUGGUCUUAAAGUCUGAAGAGCACUCGGAAAAAAUACGACUUGAGCAAACUGCCCUUCUUACUCUCUAUUGAUAAUUUUUUUUUAUUUUGUUCCAAUGAGAUUGUACAAAAUGAAAACGAAUUGCCUACCUGGUGUUUCCUGAUACAUAUAUAUAUAUAUAUGGUUAAUCCCGCAGUGGAUAAAAAAUAACGAUAUUGUAUAAAUUAUACUUAUAGAUGUAUUAGCUUUGUACAUUAUAUCAAUCGGUGAUCGUCCUAAAUAAAAGAGGAUAAUUUCUGUCGGAAUGAGCACUA